GGGUGCUCGUUGGACUGGGUCGGUAGAGGCUGGCGAUUACGGGCUAGGGUCGAGGGUAGAAAUAUGAUUUUAGCCUUUGUAUUUGUGGUUUUUGGUUUGGUUUUACAGCUUGGUGCAGCUAAUGUUUCUCCAAGUGGACUUAAUUUGUUUGGAUAUCUGCCGUCGGAAGAAGAAAUUGAGGUUUAUGCAGCCGAGACGGACUGUCAGUGCCGUCAAAUGUGCUUCGUGCGCCCGGCAUGUGCCAGCGCCAGUUUCUCGCCUCGGACCGGCUCGUGCCACCUCUACCGCCGCGUGGCGCUCCGCGGGGGCCUGCUGCCAGACCCAGAGCAGGUCUAUCACGUCCUGCCCGGCCGCAGCGGGCACGGGGAGUACUGCUCAUCCCCCGGGGACUGCCAGCAGCCCGGCGACCGCUGCCUGGGGUACUCCUGCCAGGAGAGUGAGCACCUGACCUGCCGCGUCCUGAAGGACCUCUACGGAGUCAACGAGUCGGGCGUCCACUGGGGUGGCGUGGCCGGAGUGACCAUGCCACUCUACUGUGAUAUGGUCUACCAGGAGGGAGGCUGGACGCUGCUGCUCGCCGCCGGUGGCGCCACCUGGAACACCACCAGUGCGCUCUGGCGGCCAGACGACGAAGACACACCAGACCCGAGCAGACCGUUCUCCAUCUACAAAUACGCCGACACCAUCGCAGCUUCCGGUAUAAUCAACGGUACCGACGACUUCUACCAGAUCGACGUGUACGACGUCGAAACUAUCAGCGGAGGCACGUGGCGUGUGCCGCGCACAGAGUCGCUCCUGGGCUCCUCCGUCAGCGCCUAUCAGCUCACCCUGGAGAACGGACGACAGUACGGGGGAUGGAAACUGAGCAGGGCCAACCCGGUGGUGCCCUGGCUGGCCUCUGGGGUUGACCCGGAGACGUUCGUCUCUGUCAGUCAGACCCCGGAUAUCAAACCGGCAGAGGGGGUGCUCCUGGGGGCUGCUCCUGGCAUCCAGAAAUGGGGAGGGGUGGCCAGCAGCGGGUUUGUGGCCAUCCUCAUCAGGGAGUGAGGAGAGACGAGGUGCUUCUCCUCAGUUCUGCUUCUGAGGUGGUAAUCGCACAUAAUGCUUACUCGAGCUCUUCAUGCUACGCAUGGGUUUCGAGGUAUUGUCGUAUUGAGUUACCACUUAGCGUAAAAAGCAACACAAGUUUUAGACAACCAUUAGCAUAAUGCUAGUCACAACCGUUUCCAACAUUUUCCCAGCCCUGAAAAGCCUUAUUUAAGUUAAAUCUGUCCGGCAUUGGUUUGCCCCGUCAUCUAAACGUGUUUGUCCGCUUCAUUCGUGCCCUAGCCAGUGGUAAAUAAUUAUUGAACUGGUUCCUUCGGCGUACUUCUUGAAGUUCAAUUCCUAAAUAAAGUUCAAUUUCAUUUUGCGAAAUUUAUUAUUUACAGUCACCAUCGUUUAUUCUUCCAAACAUGUUCCACGUAGGACAACAAUGAGAAUAGGUUGCAUGCGCACUGAAACGUUACAAUGUUACGAUAUAAACCGUUUCAAACGAUCGUAUAGAUACAAUAUCGCCUCGUCGUUGUAAUUUGCGAAACACUGCAUAACUUAGACUUGUGAAAUAAAACAUCAAAACUCACAUAA